CUCAAGGAUCUAGAGCACGAGGAGAGCAUGUACAAUGCCGGAUGGUCACUCGGCAAGGAGAAAAUGGGCGAUGUACCUGAUUUCGCCAAAGGUAUUUGGGAUACGAAUGUAACUAGUACAUGUCUACCAGCGUGUAUUGAUGUAUUACUUUAA